AUGGACAUGGAGGAUGAUGGGAUGUUAAAUGAAAUGAAAAGACUCUUGAGACAAAAAAUACUUAACCUUAUUAACUGCCUGAAAAAUAAUGGAACAUUGAACAUUGAACGUGAUAUUGAAAAUACCAUGGACAUGUUAAGCCAGUUAGCAGCAUUUGUUGAUAUUGAUGAGAUCAUAGAACUUUUCACCCGAUGUGUAAAACUUUUUCAGGAAGAAAAAGAAUAUUAUUUUCAUGAAAAUAAAGUGUCUCACUUCAAAGCACAUCUCUGUCAAAGGACAGAAAGAGGGAGACCAUCUUUUGAAAUCUCGGAAGAGAUUUUGGAAUUUUUCUUGGACAACAGUUUCAAAAUAUCUGAAAUGGCAGAUAUGCUUUGUGUAAGUCCAUCUACAGUGAAGCGUCGGUUAAAGGACUUCAACUUAAGUGUUCACAACACUUUCAGCACUAUUUCCGAGCCCGAUCUGCACAAAUUGGUUGAAAAUGUUGUAAAAGAAUUUCCUGAGGCAGGAACAAAAUCAAUUCAAUCAAUUCUUGUCAGUAAAGGACAUAGAAUACAAAGGCAAAGAGUACGCGAUGCUGUUAGAAAAGUGGAUCCAGAAGGCAUUUUGUUCAGGAGACUAUUUCUAAGUGUUCACCGAAUACAAAGAAGGGCAUACAAUGUUAGAGCUCCCCGGGCCUUAUGGCAUAUAGAUGGCAAUCACAAGUUAAUACGGUGGCGCUUCGUGGUUCAUGGAGGAAUUGAUGGUUAUUCCCGUGUGCCAGUCUUCUUAGCUGUGAACACAAACAAUAAAGCUGACACAGUCCUUCAAAAUUUUGUUGAAGCUGUACAAAGAUGGGGUUUACCCGAGAGAGUUAGGUCUGAUAAGGGGGGUGAAAAUGUGAAAGUGGCAGAGUUUAUGUUAUGCAAUAGAGGGAGUAGGAGUUUCAUAGCAGGAAGGAGUGUACAUAAUCAAAGAAUAGAGAGACUGUGGCGUGAGGUGUGGACUGGAUGCACAUCUUAUUAUUACCAACUGUUCACUUAUAUGGAGGAUAAUGCUUUGCUAGAUGUAACAAAUGAACUAAACAUUCAGGCUUUACACCUGGUAUUUAAGCCAAAAAUCCAGCAGCAUUUAGACAGCUUUGUUAAGGCAUUGAUAAGGAGACCUUUGCGCUCAGAGAAUUCUCAGACACCAAUGCAACUUUGGAUUAGAGGCCAAGCACUGGACCCUUAUUUAGAAAUACCUAAUGAUAUCGAAUUGAACAACUAUGGAAUAGAUUUUGAUGGGCCUGUUUCAAGUGAUAAUGAAUUUGAAACUGUCACUGUGCCUGAAGUAGAAACAAAUGUACCAGAGCACUGCAUUGAAUUAAUAGCAGAUCAUCAAGCAAAUGACAUAGACAGUUUCAUAAAACUAUACAUGGAAGUAUUAAGAAUAUUAAAUAAUCAGAAUUAA